UUGUAGUAACACCCAUUCCCUGUCUAUUAAAAACUCAACCAGGAAUACUGGUUUCACAAUGAGAGGUGAGUACAUAGCUAUCAUUCUGUCACACACAGUGUCAGUCACACAGUUUCACUGAAGCUGAUGAGUUCAAGAACUAAUUUUCUCUGUGGAUACAUCAUGUUGCGUACAUUUUGUGAAGUAAUUUCUUUAGUUUUUGAUUUCUGUACAUUUUAUUAAGAGGUUAACAUAUUACUGCUGAGGUAAAUCACCUGUGGAUUUUAAUUUUCUUCUCGUAUCUGCUGGACAGCUUUUUUUUUAAACUCCUGGUAAAAAAUGUCUCGCCCUAGCCCUCUGGACUUGGACAGAUACAGCAGCUUGGAGAAAUCUCGUCGCUCUACCAGCCGUAGCCAGUCCAGGUCCCAGGAUUUGCCAGGUGAAGUCCUCUGUGACUUCUGCACAACAAGGAAGCAGAAGGCUGAGAAGUCCUGCUUGGUGUGCUUGGCAUCUUACUGCGAGACCCACCUGCAGACUCAUUAUGACUACCCUGCCCUGAUGAAGCACAAGCUGGUCAAAGCUACAGGUCAGAUGAGAGAGAAGAUCUGUGCACAGCAUGACAAGUUGCUGGAGGCUUUCUGUCGCACUGAUGAGACAUCUGUGUGUGUUUUGUGCAUGAUGGAUGAACACAAACACCAUGACAUUGUCCCGGCUGGAACCGAAAGGACUGAGAAACAAAAACAACUUGGUUCUACAUUGAACAAAUCUCAACAGAGGAUUGACCAGAGAGUUAAAAAGUGGCAGGAUUUGCGACAAGCUGUUGAAUCAGUAAAACACUCGGCUCAAACUGCCCAAGAGGAGAAUGAGCGGAUCUUCACUGAGCUUCUGCUUUCCAUUGAGAGGAAGUACAAUGAAGUCAAGGAGAUGAUCCGCUCACAUGAAAAGACCACUUUGACACGGGCUGAGAUAGUGCUGGGUCGCUUGGAGGAAGAAAUCACUCUGCUUAAGAAGAAACACACUGACCUUGAGAAGCUCUCACACACCGAUGAUCACAUACAUUUUCUCCAGGGCUGGCAGUCUCUGUCAGGCCCCUCCGGAUAUGAGGACCUCAACAACAUUAGUGUUGCCCCCAAUUACUCCUUUGAUGCCACCAAGAGAGCCAUCGCUUCACUGAAAUUGCAAGUAGAAGAAGUCAGCAAGACAGAAAUGAGCAAAAUUGCAGGAACAGUUAAAGAUGUCUACAUCACACAAGAAAGUGAAACAAGGACAAGGAGAGAAUCAAUGUUGAGGGAACAACCAAAGACAAGAGAAGAACCAAAGACAAGGGAACAACCAAAGACAAGAGACGACUUCCUGAAAUACUCCUGCCAGUUGGUCCUGGAGGUCAACAGCGUCCAUCGCAACCUUCAUCUCUCCGAGGGAAACCGAACAGCUACGAUGAAGAAUGAGCCUAAGAACUACCCUGAUCACCCAGACCGAUUCGACCACUGGCAGCAGGUCUUGUGCAGGGAGAGCUUGACUGAUCGUUGUUACUGGGAGGUGGACUGGAGUGGGACAGAAAUAGACAUCGCUGCUACCUAUAGGGGAAUCAGACGUAAAGGAAACAGCAAUGAAUGCAGCCUGGGCUGGAACGACAAGUCCUGGAGUCUGUACUGCUCUGACUCCAAAUACUCCUUUGUGCACAAUAACAAGAGCAAAGAUAUUGCUGCUCCAAUGUCAUCUCGUAUUGGCAUCUACCUGGAUCAUGCAGCAGGAAUACUUGCAUUUUACAGUGUCUCUGAUGGCAUGCAGCUUCUGCACAGAGUCCAGACUACAUUCACACAGCCCCUCUACCCUGCAUUCAGUGUGUGGGGCUUUGGUACUACUAUCAAAUUGUAAGAUAGUUGCCAUAAUGCAAGUAAGUGGCAUCAAAUUGACAAAAUAUUAUCAAUAUUGUUGUAACACUUUGAAACGGGGUGUCUGAUAAUUCCUUUUGUUCCAACCUUUGCUAAAAAUUAUUAUUUUCUCAUGUAUGAAAAAUGUGUUUUAAAUGAUCCUGUUAAUCGGUUCUUGUUUUUGGGACAAUGUAGUCUACAAAAUGUGUCAGUUCAAUUGAUUAUUGUGUUAUUUUCACAAUGCUCCAUAAUGCUUUUCUCUAUUCUCUAUAAGAAAUUAAAUCACAGUUUCUAAAGCC